AUGACAGCAAACGUGGCAAAAAAGCUUGAAGAAAUCCUUGAGCGUUUAAAAAAGCUCGUCGUGAUAGAAUCAUCUAUUAAAAGCAUCGAGACAAAGCUCAACUGCCUAGAAGAGCGUACAGCAGUAUUGGAAAAUUUCAGACAAACUACGGAGAAAGACAUUAACGAUCUUAAAGAAAAUGGAAAUUUCACGAGCUCACAGUUAUCUGAAAUAUCGACUGAGCUAAAAAAUCACCAAGUUGCAAUCACUGAUUUAACGCAAAAGGCAGAGGCGAGUAAAGAGUUAUUAAAGGAACUUACAGCAAAGAAUCUCUACCUAGAAAGUUACUCCAGAAGAGAGAACAUCAGGUUUAUGAACAUAGAAGAUGGCUCCUCCGAUGAACCCGAAGAUGUCGAAGAAACCCUAAGAGAUUUCUUAGAACGCGAACUGGGCUUCCACGACGCAAGAAGCGUGCAUGGAAAUCCGAAGAGUUCAUCGAAGUGGAAAAAGCAAGAAUGGAAAGCCCGGGCCAAUACCGGCCCGUUUUCUGAGAUACAAGGAUGUCCAGAAAAUAUUCUCACUCGGGCACCGAUUAAGAGAAACGGACUUCCAAAUGUUCCGCGACUAUCCUGCAGAAAUUGUCAGAAGACGCAAAGAGCAGAUGAAGACCUUCAAAGAGGCAAGAAGAAACAACAUUCCUGCAUUCUUCAGUCUAUCGAAACCAGAUAA